AGGCUUGUGUCACUUCCUUCUUUAGAGGCCUUUUGUUCUUUCGGUCUCCUUCUAGAUUCGCUCCGUCCGAAGGGAGGACUACUUGCUUUGUUUUUGGGUUUUUGAGUUUCGCGCUGCCGAAUGUGUAGGUUUUGAAUUCAAUGAAUGUCAACAUUCCUCGAUCUAGGAAUAUGAGUUUCUUUAGUACUCCGUCUUGGGAAUCCAUCAAUUGGGUAGCCUUUGAUAUCUAGAUUAUCAACCCGACAAUGACGACGGUCUUUGUGGAUUGAACAGUGAAAAUAUACUUCUGAAGCGUCAUUCCAUCUCGACUAUCAACUAUUAUCAAAACAUUUGUGUCGUCAAUUUUUUCUUUGUAAAUUUCAUUUUGUGUGCCCUACCCUUUGAAACAAAAUGACGGUAUUGUACGAAAAUAUUUGCAGUCGGCCUUACAGGCCAUGGGGAUCUUGCGUGCGCAGCCCUGCCAUGUGAAGCAGACCUGCAACCCACGCUGCCUUGGUACGACUAGUUUUAGGUCCUUCUUACUUGGACCACAAAUAGCAACCGGCGUCUGGGGGCUUAAUCGUAGUCCAUCAAGGUACUAUCGACGACGCAGUGGAAUUCCACAUAGUAUUUGGCUAGAGAGCCAACCUCAGUCGCUGCACCAUCGUUUUAUUGUUUGGCGUUCAGUGGCAACUACAUCCGCAAAAGGAGCCAGGAUGGUGCAGUACUCGACAGAUGAACACGAAACCAGGGGUGUUUCCAGCCCUCCCGUGGAAGCAGUGCCUCCCGUACUCGGUUUUCGGAGUCUCUUAUCUCCUGAGCAGCAGAACGACCCAUACUUUGCGCCUGCCUUGGAUCCAUCAGCAGUGGUUCCUUUCGUCGCGCCCGAUCCACUUUUACGGCUAAUGGUUUACAACAUCAAUAUGCUUGGUUUACAAUGUGCAAACUUGCCACACUUGGGAACUGGACGUUUGAAUUCUUCUAAGUAUCAUUUUUCACUGAGUCAGCCCGAGAACGAAUUGGCAUAUUUUGUUCGCAAUAUCCAAAACGCUGGCUUCGACAUCUCUAAGUUUUCCCGACUACGAGGCGUUUUGCACACGGUUUUUCCGACAAAACAUGUUCACCAUGAAAAUGGGUUUGUCGAACAUCGAACAGGCAUUGUUGUUGGAAGGCAAUCCGCAUUUGCAGCACCGUCGGAUUUUCGUAGGCGGGACAAACGGGAAAGGAACGGUGUCAGCAGCAUUGUCCAACAUUUUGAGGGCACAAGGCCUCAAAGUGGGUUUUUUCAGCUCACCACACAUAACCGACUUUCGUGAGCGCUUUCGCAUCAAUGGUGUACCAGUAGAGCAGGACGUUGUGCACAGGUAAAUAUUUGAUGAGAAAUCAGUCCUAGUCGUUUGUUCUGUUUAUGUUUUGGCUCGCGAAGGUGCGUCGUGAGGAGCUUGACUAUACCUAAACCUUUCAGACCUCCUUCCGUUACGUCGAGAAUGAUGAAGAUUUUGAAUAGAGGCCUACUAUUAUAUCGUCAUGUUCCAUACAGAAUCGGCGUAGAAGUGAUGGUGAAGUUCGGCGGUACGGGGACCGAUUUCAAUGCGGAAUGUUCAGCGAUAAAUCCGAGCACAACUUCGACGGACGCAAACAGCGUAAACGAUGGAAGCACCCGUGCAGUCUCAAGCACUGGUAUAUUUAGUUUUUUAAGAUCCACAAUAAGUCAAUGUUGAAAGAGGUCGUGUUAUGACGGACACCUACCUGAUGUACGUUUAUUUGCUUUUUUUGUGAGUGUUCACCGACCUCGGUGUGAGUGAGAGACUGUAGUAAAUUGAAUCAUGGCAGGCGGCGAGGUGCAUCCAGAGGUCGCUCACGCGCUCGGGAAUGGCAAUCGGCCUGUGUUGACCUUCUUCGAGCUCGCGACCGUGAUGGCCACAAAAAUUUUUGCGGCUGAAAAAGUAGACGUCGCGGUCUACGAAAUCGGACUAGGUGGCCGCUUAGAUGCGGUUAACGGGCUCCGGCCACCGGAUCUCUGUGUCUUCACGACCAUGGGCUUCGAUCAUACAAAGUAUCUAGGCAACAGCAUCGAGGAGAUUGCCUUUGAAAAAUUCAGUGUGAUCCCGCGGCACGCGCGGGCCGUUCUAGGAGAGCAAGAAUACGUCGAUGGCACCAUGGACGUGUGGCAUCGAUUUUUAAGAGAACGCCGAGUGGGCCACGCAGUCUCGAUAGCAGAUUUACUGCGUGAUCUCAAUGAGACGAAUGAAUCUGUCGCUGGUAAAAAAGAAGCCGGAUACUUGCUAGACCCAGUGGUUGUAGAGAAUUUUUUCACUGGCAGGGAACGCAUGGCCGAGUAUCUUGGCAAGAGCUGGCUGGAUGAACACUAUGCGCGACAUUUGCGCACGGCAAUCGUAUCCGCGCGUCUCCUUUUAGGGGACUGUGGCUCGUCGCAGAAGGUAAGUGCGCUCAGUACAGAAGCCAUUAGUCGCGGCUUGAAGGCACUACAUUGGCCCGGCCGUAUGGAGAGUAUAACGUGGCGGGGACAGCAUUUCUUGCUGGAUGCUGCACAUAAUAUUGAUGGCAUUCGGCUGUUAACGUCUGCUGUAGAAAAAAGAGGUUUGCGCAUCGACGCUGUUCUCUUUGGUGUCAUGCGCGAUAAGGACUUCGUGAAAAUGCUAUCACACUUGCGAUCCGCUUUUGGGGAAGAAACAGCAGAGUCGAGUCGUCCUGAUGUCCCAUUUUUCGGCUGCGAAAUCGAUUUUCCUCGUGCCGCGAAGCGCGCAGAUUAUGAAGAAGUUGUCGGGACUUCCUUUUUCCGAACUUGUGGGCCAAGUGCGAAACUACUGGAUGAGGUGCUUACUGUCGUGACACAGCAGACUAGCGGCGGAACGAACCACGAGAGAGCGGCGAUUAUAGGCCAGAAGGAUCUGAAAACGGCGCCUGAUGGAAGUAAUGCAGUUGGUAGUGUUCCUGAAGAACAAGAAAAAUUUUCAACUGAGCAGCUAUCUCCUAGCGGAACGAGCGGUUGCAGCACCGCGGCCGAUAGUCCGGGAUGUAAUCGAAUAGCAGCACAGGUGGAAGCGAAACCGGUAUCAGGUCGUCCAGGAACGGUGCUGAUCUGCGGCUCAAUUUAUCUUCUCGGCGAAAUCUUUAGGCAUAUGGGCGCAGACGCAGGUAGCAUUUGGCGUGAAUGAUAUCGCAGCUGUCCAUACUCACGUCGCGCUUGCUUUUUGUGUCUUCAAACCACCGCGCUUUCCUUGUCCUGUAUUGUUGUUCGUGACGCAUUCCAUUCCCAAGUUCUAUUUCGCUGACACAUGUUUAAUACCGAUCGAGUCCUGGAGACACUGAAAUACUUGGAAGGUCAUAAAUGAAAAUCACUCAUUUUCCAACUCCUUCACGGCACAACAACUAAUUACCAGUCCGAAGUUGUAUUCCUCUGUUGCCAAGAAGAAGAACUAGGAAUAUGGUGUUGAUGAGACCCUCAAAUCUACGCCCAUGGGAACAUCAAGUCAUCAAUACCUCGUCUGGUUCAGAACUUCGCUCUUCAAAUGUACACGCUAGCAAGUGCCAAGCACUGCGGAAUGACACUCACGAAAGCAUCUAGUAUCCCAAUACUGGGUAGGAC